GCCAACACAACGUCAGUCGUUGCCCGAACGCGGUAGCGUGCGUUGCGGUUGUGAGUUAAGUGUGUUUUUAUCGAAUUUCAACACGAAAUUUGGAUAUCGUGAUAUUGUGCUGAAAAUCGCGAGUUCAUUGGUAAUUUGCAAGUUUUAUUUAGUUAUUGUUUUAGUGGUUUUUGUUUAGCUGAGUGAUUUUUACCUAUGAUACAAGAUGUAGAACGUAAAAGUAGCUUAUUUCUACUUUUAUUAAUACGAUGUCUGUUGACCAGGCGUCGCCAUUGGUGCCUAUAAAGCCUCAGAUCGCGCUGCAGAACAGUGCUUUUAUAAAGAACAGCCACAAUAGAAGUAGUUUUUGCGGCGUGACACCAUCGCCGACAAAUGGAAACAGAACAUUUAAAACAUUCGCCGUAAAUCGAAAGAGUUGGAGCGGAAACGUAACCCUUCCACUUCAGCAGUAUUCGUUGACCGAGGAGAGUCCUCAACUGGGUACUUUCCGGCCUGGCACAGGAACGUUUCCCAGGAAUCGGGAGCGAAAUAAUAACAGUGCCUCGAACGGAAUAUUAACACCUAACGGGAACUCGGUGCAGACGCUUAAAGGAAAUGAAGUGAGAAGGAGCGGAUGUUCUAACGGCCGUCGCUACGCUGAGAUCGGAAACUGGAAUAAAAGAAACGCAACAUUCCUAGAACCGCACCUGCAAGGCAUCAGAUGUCGAGACAGCAGAAGCUCCGACUCUGAUCACGAUGAGAGGUCCACAGAAGACGAUGAGAGAUCACUCAUUCGUGGUUCGCCUCGAACCCGACUGCCACCUCCACCGCCUCCGCCCCCCGAUGAUGAGCCGCCGCCGAUGAAACCUCGAGAGUUCUUCGAAAAGCUGCAGAGCAGAGCGAUGAAAGAAGCACAAGACAGGAAACAGAGAAGAGAGAUGGCUAUUAAGGAAGCUAAUCAACUCUUCCGACCUCUUGACACGGAUGGCAGUUUGGGCGACAGUCUUAGCCAGAGUCGCGAGACCUUAUCUUCAGACGAAGAAGGUGCUAAGGGCGACUGCUCUUCAGUAGGAUCGUCAGUAUCCGACUCGGAGGAGCAGCCACCGUGCGACAUUGGAAUACUGGAGAGACUGAUCCGGACGCACCCCGUAUGGUUCCUGCCUGGGAUUCAACGAGCUGGGGCCUUCCACCUGUUGCAGGGGAAGGAAGAAGGGAAUUUCGUAGUUCGACAAUCGAGCCAGCCAGACACAAUGGCAAUAAGUGUCCGUCUGCCAGCUGAGAAAGGGCCUUACAUCGAACACUACCUCAUACAAGCCUCCGGGGGUCAAAUUGGUCUCGAGACUUCACACAACCGAUUCGACAAUAUACCAGAGUUGAUUGCACACUACUCGCAGUGUUGUGAUGAACUCCCGGUACAACUACAGUUACCAAAACCACUACGAGAAGCAAAGAGCCGACAUCAGCUUAGUUCACUAGCUCUGUUAGGGCAAGAGUUUUGGGGAUAUCCUAUGGCGAACCCAAAGAACAACCCAGGCAAUCUGCUUUCACCAUGCCAGCUAGCUAAUGGUGUGGUUCCAAUGGCAAUUACUCCUUCCGAUACUGGAUCUAGUCUUAGCAGUUUUGCAAAUACGAGUAAUUUGAAGGAGCAUAUUUUCAGUCCUGAGAAAGAUCAAAAUAAUGUGCUUAAAAUGUCACCAGUAGAAUCAGGGUCUCCACCAAGCCAAAGUUUAAGUACGUUUAAAGGAAAAAAUUCACCAUCACCACCGGCGAAACCAAAUGGCACUUUUGUUAGAGCACCUCGACCAACACCACCGAAUACUUUGAACCUUAUGUCGAGCACAGCACACAUAACACAGCCUCAUACAUUCCCAACUACAAACGCCCAUAACCAACCUCAACUUUCUCCCAAUCAAAUUUGCACCAAAACUACCCCGCCACCUCCACCGCCACGGUGGGCAAAACCACCAUUUUCCAAAGUUUCCCUAUCCCCUAAAUCUGAGGCUAUAGCUUUCUCACCGAUUAACAAGGCUUCAAAUGGAAAUAUAACAGUAACGACCACGGUUACAUUUAGUGUAAAUAAUACACAAAUCCACAAUCAUCAAAUAAAUGAGAGCAUACAAAGUGAUUGCCUUCAACUAACGCUUGCAUCUAAUACCACCAACAAUAAUCCUAGUACCAUGUUCAACCUUAUGGAUACAGGGAAAAAUAUUGUUGAACAUAAUGGAGAUGAGAACAUGUUACAUCGAUUAUCACCAGAAGGGGAAUCCAUAAGUUCAAUGACAGCAACAUUGCACGGAAGCUUUAAAAGACAAAUAGCUGAACAAACGACUGAACCUGCAUCUCCAAACGAGCAAUCUCAAACCAAUACCUCUGAAUCUAUCGACCCUGUUGUAAACUCACUCACGAAAUCAACAAAUACCUUUGCACCUAACCAUUUAGUCUCACCAAACGGUACCAAUUCUGUAACUAGUGGCAUUUUUUCGCCAACAAGUCAAAUCAAUUCACCUGUAUCAAAUGAUACGAUUUCUUCAAAAAGUGGUGUAUUUUCACCUCUAAGUCAGACAAAUAAAAGCGAAAUCUUUUCACCGAUGUCUAGAAGCUCACCUAUUUCAAAUAAAAUAUUCUCGCCGAUUUCAAAUAAAUCUAUAAUGUCACCGAUGAGUAAUAAAGAAAAAGUUUUAUCACCUAAUAUGAGCACAACCAGUACGACGCCCUCAGGUAGACCAAGAAGAAGUAAACACUCCCUACGAAAGGAGUCCAGACAUUACCAGGAGUCAGAUAUCCUUGAAUCACCAGGAGUGUAUUACCGAAGUUCGUUGAUGGAUAAGGUUAGUGAUUAUGAAGAUAUAUGGGGACCAGAAGGAAAUAAUUGUUCAUCGUUUAAGCCUACGAAAGCUGAUAGUGACAUUGUUUCAAAUAAUGGCUUAAUGAAAAGCAAGCGACCUGAUCUCCUGCCGGAUACUUUACCUAAAUUAACUACAGCGAAAAGCACUCAAUCUGUUACCGAUAAAGAGAAUAUGAUAAUACUUAAUUCUUUAGAAAGCUUAGACGAAAAGAAAAACCUGUCUAACAAUUCUCUUAAAAAAAGUUUCAAUGAUUCCAAUGAAAUUAUAGCAACAACUAAUAGCAAAGGAGAUGUUAUACCCAAGAGGCCUGAUAAAUUAAACAUUACUCAAAAUAUGAAUAAGAAAUUGACGGAAGAAAUUGAAGCUGCUUUGAAGAAUAGAGAAAAUCAUAACGCUGAGAGUAUGGAAACAGUAAAACUGGAAGAUGAAAAUUCAAAGGACUUUACUGGCGAGGAUUCUGAGAAAGACCAUGCUGGAAGUCCAUUCUAUGCUGACCCUGUCGAUACUUUGAAAGAGGCAUCUUACCCUCCAGUACAAAGAAGAAAGCUAUUGAGAGUUGGUGUCAACCUCUCCCAAAGAUAUUCAGAACCUCCAAAUCAGAAUCAUCCUUAUUAUCCUCUUCGAGACAUGCAUAGCAUUGAAGAACUAUCACCGGCGUCGCCUAAUACAUCUACAUCGGUUGAUAACCUAGUAUCACUACGAAGUAAACCAAAAAUGAAACCUGUGGAACCUCCUCGAGUUGGUACUAAACCUCCAAGUGGAAAAAAUGAACACACGUGGACUGUAGACUCGAGCUGGCAGUUCAUAAAUAAAAACGAUGAUGGUGCAAACAGUGAAAACGGUACGUUUCCAUCACUUGCGGAGCAAGAAAGCAGGUUGAGUGGAAUCGAUGACGCGGUACAGCAUCUAACUGUACAUGAAAUUGUUGCCCAAAGGAUGCCAGAUUUGAAACUGACGUUGGAACCGACAGCCUUACCCGAAGAAGUACGGUCGCCACCCAGAGCUUCUUGCUAUGACAAUGUUCAUGAUCUAAGACCAUUGUCUGAACAGGCUAGUGAUGAUGGGACGGUAUUCUCAGAACCGUGGGACAGCACACAGUGGGAUGGAUUGCUUCCGUCAGUUAGUCAGCAAGGCUAUGAAAUGGAGGAGUGCUGUGAGUGGGACUCCCCACUUCCCAGACGACAUCCUGUUGCUGCAGCCAAGGCGAAGAGCUUCAGAGACAGACUGGAUCCCUUACUGGCGGCGGGUCGCGUGCGUGCUCUACGUGGCGGACGUACGUCGCGUGGGGCGGGGGCUGCACUACGAGCGUAUGCGCUCCACCUCGCGCAGGACAAGAGCACGACCUUUGCGCAAAAUGUGGACAACUUUAUCGCCUGCACUCUUGACUCCAAGGAAACCUGCCCACAGGUUAUGAUGAGGAACAUGCGACAAUUUAUGUCUGGGAUGAAGAACUACCUCGUGAAGCAUGGUGAACGAGAGUUUGAGAAAGAAGUUGAGAAGGAGCGGCUGAAGCUAAAACCAACGGAAUUCCUUAAUAUUGAUGCCAUAUUAGAAGGCGUCAUGCAUCGUUUGGUAGUGCGACCAUUACGAUCAAAACUAUAUUCAUUGCUGGCUUCUUGGCACUCCACCGAUGUCAGACGGUUGCAUGCAGCAAUUGAACGUGCUCAACAUGCUACACCCUUGCAACUUGGUAUAAAGGAAUCAACAAAGGUGCCAUCCUCGGCGGUGUUGGCAGCCAUCUCUAAACAUUUCCUCAAAAUGCAAGAGGCGGACUCACCGCUGGACAAACUGGAGAACCUUCUUGCAGCUGUAUCUGUGAUGUUCAAUGCGAUCAAAGGCGAGCGUACUCUGGGAGCUGAUGAUUUGCUACCAGUGCUGGCGUGGACAGUCGCCAGGUGUCGCCUGGUUUGCGCAGAGCUGGAAGCGGAGUUGAUGGCUGGCCUGUUACCAGCGGCGCUGCUGGCAGGAGAAGGGGGAUAUUAUCUCACAGCGCUGUUCUCUGCGGUUGCAGUGCUGAAGAGACUGGCCCCUGAACCAGGACCAGAUAGUACAGCCCCAAACUCUCAGUGGCGCCGACGCUCUCAGAGUGAAGGCUGCGAGGUGGCGGUGGUGCGCGUGGCCUUGCCGGACGAGUGCCGCGGCUCCAUCCGCCGCCUGGCGCUCCCGAGCCGGCCCGGGGCGCGCGCUCGCGACCUCUGCCGGGCCCUGGCGCAUGCUGCUUCUAUCACCAACCCUCAGGACUAUGCGCUCUUUGCGCUCCACGAUGGACAAGAAACGAUGUUAAAUGAAAAUGACUGCCCACAAGAAGUGAUGUCAGAGAAAAGUGGACAGAACUUCAUACUGGCGUACAAGAGAAUAGAUGCGAAAAUUGCUUGGCCGCAACAAGCCUUACUUUCUUACCCGUAAUCUAUAGCUCAGGCUGUUGAAAUCUCACUUAUGAAGUUGAAUUUAAGUAAAUUUAAGACUUAUAACCAUUUUUAACUUGCUCAUUUAAUUACAUUGAUAAUAAAUUACUAUAUUUUUGUCAUCGUAAAGAAAUAAGUGAUAUUUUCUAAGAUACUAACCACGUUUUAGACUCGCUUGCGUUGGAGAGGAGUAAUCUGGACUGUGGAUAAAGUUUUGUAUUAGAUUUUAUACAUUUAGAACACUUUAACUUAAACCUUUAAAAUAACAAACAAAACGCAGAGUAAAAGAAAUGCGAAACUCUGUGUCAAUUUACUUUAAUCUAUUUUUAUUGUCAAGUCGUAAACAGUCAGCCACGCGUGGCAUUAGCUCCUUAGUAUUUUGAAUGUUAUACCACUAGCUAACGCACACACUGACAAAUAUAAUUAAUAAGUCAGGCAAAAAGUUUUAUGUAAAUUUUCAGUUGAACGAUGUACAAUUUGACGUGAUAUAUUGCCAUCUAAAGGCCAGUUAUGUCAAGUGGAUAUCGUAAAAACAACUCAAUGAUAUACCCUCUGUUAUGCAAAAUUUCUAAUUUAUUCAUCACAUAUUUUAUUUCCCGGAAAUAUACAUCACGGCGUUAAGGAAAAAAGGAUAGUUAUAUAGUUUCGUAUUCAACAGGGAUGAACACGAGGUUUAUUUGGCGCCCGUCUAUCAUUCUAUUAAGGAUAUGAUUUUUUUACAAUAUUACUAAUCGUAUUCCCAUUUUUACAACGAUAUUAAAAGUAAUGGUGGUUGCGGGCGUACAUUCAAGAAUAAGAGAGCAUGUAUGAAAGGCCAUGUGGAAGAAACCAUUGAGUCAUCUAGAAAGAAAUUCGAAUUUUUAUCCGCACCUGGUUUUUAGGCUUGAUAAAAUGAAGAGACGACAACAUCCAUUUUUUGUUUAGUUAGUGACAUGCUAACCUGUUGGUGGCUUACGUAAUAAAAUUUUUGAAAAUUAGCACUGUCCCAGGGCAAGCUGAUUAAGUUAUUUUAACAUUGUGUAUUGAACGCAGUGCUGACAGUGCUUAUAUAGCGUUUGACACGAUUCAUGAGUAUAAAUAUUGCGCAGAUACUAAUACUUUUGCACACAUUGACAUUGGACUGAGCUACGAAUGCUGAUUGUAAAACAGGUGCGCGAUCGCUAUUGUGAGAGCAUAUCGCUUCAUAUCCACCAGACCAUUUAUUAUGAUUAUGAUUUAGAAAAUCUACUGUCCCAUUCCAACGAUAUACUCCUUUGCAAUGCAAACCCUGUGUUAUUUAAUAAACGCGAAGUGAAGUUAUUCCAUUUUUUUUUAUCUUACCUUUGCCACCAUAGAAUUACAUGACAGGGAGAAGUAAUUUAAAAACUUGGAGUAACUUUUCAUUGCGUUUAUUAAUGAGGCAGUAAAAGUCUACAAACCUAAUACUAUUAUAGGUUAUAAUACAAUUCGUACCAAUUAAUAAGUCUUUUGGCUGAUUCGAUCAAACUGUAUUCUGGGCACUGCAGAAAAAGUUACUUUAAACAAGAUUUCUCAACCUUAAAACCUCUCAACCUGAAAAAUAUUCACUGCAUUUGAUUAGGUAAAUGUAUUUUGAAAAUUUUACAAGUUUAUAGCUUUGUGCACAAAAAUGAAGGCUGAGAGAAUAUGGAGAUCUAUACUAUUAUUUGAAACAUAUGAGCCAAUAAGGUAGAAAUAGGUUGAUUGAAUCAUUGCCUCUGUAGCUUUUUUACUCAACGUAGGUAUGUUUCGUAUAAUAACAGACUGAAUUCUUUUCUUAGUAGUGUUUUGUGUAUAGCAUUUAGUUUAUUGAUUUGUGAAUGUUACAGUUAAGUCACAGAUUCAGUUAAUUUAUUUAAUAAAAAACCUUAUAAAGGUAAAUUGGGGUGUAUGUAUAUGUUCCUAAAACUUCAAGUACCCUGAACGAACUUACCAAAUUAGUUUUAUUUUAAGUUUAGAUACUUUCUAAAAUUGAAAAGCGUCGAUUCUGACUAACUUCUUUAUAAACUGUGAUGUAUUUUGUAUUAGCUAUGUAACGUUUUGUAUUAAUUGUGUAUAUGCGUAGUUUUCUUAAUAUAAUUUAUUUAUAUUUAGCUUAAGCUCCUGUGCAACUCGACUCUUAAUAGCUGGCGUUUUAAAAUAUCUUAGUUUUUUGUCUUAGAUGCUUCUAAAAUCGUUAGAAACAAAAAUCUUAAAGAAGAAUGAUUAUCGAUCGCCUAUUUUAGCUACAAAAUUAUAAUUAGUAUUUUUGCUUUUAUUAUUAAUUGUAAAAACAUCUAUUUUUAAGACUAAUAUCGUUUUAAUUUAAUUUCGUAAUCCUAGUCACAUAUUUUAUUAACUUAUUUUAUAUUUAAAUCAUGCUUUGUUGUCUUUUAAGCAAUAUGAAAUUAAGUUAAAGUAAACCAUAAGAUAAAUAGGUUUAUAUGUCUGGUAAUGAUAGCUAACUCGUUUUGCAUAUGAAGAUAGUUAAAUAAUACAUAUAAAAAAGUAUAGGUAGUGCUUAAACCGGGCAAAAGUAUCUUAUCCUGCCAUAACUGUCAUAAUUAUUUUCCAUAGACAACUGCAAUAUAACUUUUGACAUAUAACACUUCAUUACAUUAUCUGUGGUAUUGCCAAAUAUGUACAAAUAUUAAGAGAUGCAUUGUGCUUAAAAAUAGGGAAUAACUUUUGUUAAAAUUAAUUAAAAUUGUUUCUAUUUAAAUAAGAAUAUACUGCUUACUCGAAUAAUAGAUUUUUUUUGGCAUUCUCUUUGUUUUCUAUAGAUUUUCAAAAUAUACCUAUAUCAAAAUUCGGUUUCCUUAUUGCCACAUCUAUUUCGUUUCAAUAAGAGUGGUCAGGGUAAAUGUUUCCACGAUUUGGCAAUACUACAAUUAAUUAUAAUAGCAUAGAGCAUUUUUUCGCAUAUACCGCAUAUUAUAGCCUCAGUAACAUACCGCAUAUUGUAUUUAUUACAUUCUCUUGUAUUAAACUUAAUUAUAUAUAUAACACGUGUAUUGUGUUUGCAUAAGUCAUUAUGAGAAUAAAAUGAUUUUUUACCAUUA